AUGAACCACAAACGGAUGAAAGGUAACGAUGCAUUUAAGAGCAAAGAUUACAAAUCGGCAUUGGCAUUGUACUUGGACUCGUUAAAAGAUGUCCUGAGACUCAAGAAAAUGACAGAAUGGUAUGCGAGGGAAAUCAAAAUGGCGAUGAUGACCGCACAGAACGAAAUACAAUAUAAUAACGAUGAUGUUGCCGGCAGCUAUAUUGAUUCGAGGAAGAAAAUGGCAAUUCCCAUUGUUCUUAGGCUCAAAAUUUGCAGCGCAUUCAUUGCAUUCCUGAAAAACGAGCACUUCCUUGUUUUGCUGAACAUUUCAACGGUGUAUUACAGACAGUAUGACAUCCACAGUGCUAUGGCACAUGCACAGAUGGCGUGUAAUAUCAGAGAAGAUGAUCUUAGCUGUUCCAAAAUGGCGCUUUAUCUUCUAAGAAACGGUGACAUGUCGUUUAAGUACUACUACGAGAAAAUAAAAGACAUAACUCCUUUUCUAGAACUGAAAAACGCUGUGGAUGGAAUGAUAGACAGCAAUAUCGUAAAAUACUGCAAGAAUGUUUGGGGUGAUGAGGUAAACGACAUCUGUUAUGGAAAUGAGACACUGCGGACUUACUUAGUGGACUUGGCUGAUGAUGACACGUGCAAUCUGAAACCGAAAACUACGGGAAAAUGCGGUGUAUUUGGUGAUGAAAGCAUGGAAGGUGUGAGUGAAGCAAAGGAGAGUGGUAGUACCGAUGGAGAGGAGGUUCAGAGUCGCGCUAGCACUAAGAACGGCUGUGGUGAAGAGGAAAAUACGAAUUUGGAAAAGGAAAAUUGCGCAAGAAAUGCACAGGACGAUGCACAGGUGAAGAGUGCUGAUGCGCAAGGCUGCAGCACAAGGCUCAACGGCAUAAGCGGCGGGUUGUUUGAAAAACCGUUCAGCUGCAAAACACUUGAUGUAAAAUUCGUGUUCAAGGUGUUGCUGGAUGGCAUCAGACUGUACAAGAACGUUUUUAAUGUUUAUAAAAUUAAUGUAAAGGGGAAGUAUUAUGUUUUUGGUGACACACAUGGCAAUCUCAGAAGUACAUACGAGGCAAUACGAAGGAUCACACACAAUUUCAGCGCAUCUUUUGAAGACCAUUUGAUAUUCAACGGCGAUUUCGUAGACAGGGGAAAAUGCGGCCUGGAACUGGUGGUGUUCUUUAUUCUGCUCAAAUUGUCAUAUCCAAGAAACGUGCACAUGAACAGAGGCAACCACGAGUUCGCUGUUACCAAUCGGCAGUUCGAUUUGUACGACCAGAUAACAAGGCGGUAUCCUUUCCACGGCACGUUUGUGUACGAGGCCAUCAACGUAUUCUUUCAAGCGCUCCCACUGUGCACGAUAGCAAAUGAUAGCGUAUUUAUCGUGCAUGGCGGUUUACCUGCUGAUAGAUUUACGAUCCAGGACGUGUAUAAGUUGAACAGGUUUGUGACAAAGGUCAGCAACGGCUUGUUAGCCGGCUUGAUGUGGUCUGACCCGAUGGAAAUUACCGGGCAUGAGCCAUCACGACGCGGAAUCGGUGUGCAUUACGGCCAGGAUGUUACAGAACGGUUUCUUGGCGAAAAUAAUUUGAAAUUGGUCGUGAGGUCGCACGAAUAUUUCGAGGAGUGCUACAGAACUAAUCACGGUGGUAAGACCGUGACUGUGUUUUCCAGCGCAAAUUAUGUUGACAGCGGCAAUUUUGCAGUUUAUUUGGUGUUCAAUGGCGAUAACUAUGAGAAUUACGAAGUUGUGCGGUUUUGCUGAUGAAAUCCAUUCGUUCUCCGGGUAUUUGAGAGCGGCUUUGGUGCGGCAGCUUUUAAUCAUCUGAAUUGGCAAGCAUACCCGGUUGCGAUUAGAAAUGGUAUUGCUAGUUUCAAAUAAAUUAUCUAUUCAUAAA